AAUCAACCUUGCCCCAUCACCGCGACUAUGCUAUGAUAUAACCAGUGCAUAGAAGUCUUCUCAAAAUUGCUCGCCCAAGAUGCAGACCCUCAUCACCCCGUCCAUCCCAGCUUAUCUUUGUCCUGCUCUCGAUAGCGGUGGGCGGAUAGCUGCUACCAUUCCCCGCAGCGUCAGGUCAUGCUACAUUGCCUUGAGCCGACGACGCAGGCUAUCGACCACGCCCACCACUUGGUCCUCGUCCCAAUUCCAUCGCUCCGACUUUGCCAACCAACCCUUUACCGGUAGUUAUGAGCCGGGUCAACCAACCUCUGGUCCAUUGGGUGGUAACCAUGUCUUUGGCACCCCUCGCCUGACUCCCAAAAUGCUCAAGCAGCAUCUUGACCAGUUCGUCGUGGGUCAAGAACGGGCCAAAAAAGUCUUGAGUGUGGCUGUAUUCAACCACUACCAGCGCAUACAAGAGCUACAGCGCAGAGAUGAGGAAGAGGCGGAUCUGCUAGCACAACGAGAACGUCGAGAACGACAUCCUGUCGAGUCCGAAUUUCCCGGUCAACAGGCGACUGUCCGUAUUCAUACACACUCGCCACCAAGUGGCCAGCAUAGUCAUUCCAGUCCAGUCUUAGUCGAUACCUCACCGCUGACCCUCGAUAAAUCCAACAUCCUCCUCCUUGGCCCUAGCGGCGUUGGCAAGACCUUGAUGGCCAAGACCCUGGCCCGCGUGCUCUCAGUCCCCUUCUCCAUGUCUGACUGCACUCCAUUUACACAAGCGGGCUAUAUAGGAGAAGAUGCGGAGGUCUGCGUGCACAGGUUGCUUGCGGCCGCCAACUACGACGUCGAACGUGCUGAACGCGGCAUCAUCUGUUUGGACGAGAUUGACAAGAUUGCUACCGCCAAAGUCAGCCAUGGGAAAGACGUGUCGGGAGAGGGCGUUCAGCAGGCCCUUCUCAAGAUCAUCGAGGGAACAACAAUUCAGAUCCAAGCCAAGCCAGAACGCAACGCUCCUCGCGCAGGUGGCCAGUCACAGACUUAUCCUACAAAUAGCCCCUUAGGACAGGGCUUCUCGUCUGGCUCACCGUCUCCGCCGUCCCCAUCACCGGCCAAAGGUGAGGUCUACAAUAUUCGGACCGAUAACAUCUUGUUCAUCUUCAGUGGGGCAUUCGUCGGUCUGCAGAAACACAUAAUGGACCGAUUGACCAAAGGCAGCAUCGGCUUUGGGGCCAGCGUUCGAUCCAGCUCCAAUGUAUCGUCGUACAGCCGAGACCAAAAGUCUACCAUGGCGGCACCAGUACCUAUCUUACCUGGGUCACAAGAAGAACAGCUAUACAAAAAGCAUCUUCCAUUCUUUACGCCGUCCUCAGCACCGGAAUCACCCAGCGUCGACGGGCAGGCUCCAGAACCGAAUUAUUUCAAUCCUCUGGACUUGGUCACACCAGCAGAUCUCCAAUCCUAUGGUUUUAUCCCUGAACUCAUCGGUCGAAUUCCCACAACCACGGCGCUAUCUGCUCUGACCCACUCGCUUCUGCUCCGCAUUCUCACGGAACCACGAAACUCGUUGCAAGCACAAUAUAUAACACUCUUCUCUCUCUCGGGAAUCGAGCUCCGCUUCACCACCCCUGCAUUACACGUGGUCGCCUCGAAUGCAUUAGCCAUGGGAACGGGGGCCCGGGCUCUACGGACCGAGCUGGAGACCAUUCUUGGGGAUGCCAUGUUCGAAGUACCGGGCAGCAGCGUCAAAUACGUCCUGGUGACGGAGAAGGUGGCCAAGAGGGAAGAAGGAGCAGUCUAUUUUGGUCGAGGCCAAGGAGGCAAGUUCCAUGCCCUAAUUGCCCAAGAGGAAGGAGAUUGGGAGGACAAGGUCAAGAAGAGAGGCGGAGGAGGUGCAGGGAGUGAUGGGCCUGGGGCGGGCAGUUUUGAGGAUUGGAGGAUCAAGACCACCAUGUCUGCCUCUGGCUCUGGUGGUUGAGAACAGAUAUACGACGAUAUGAUUGUUGUACUUGCGAAUGACAUGGAUGUUAAUAAUUGAAUGUGGGAUCAACAAGAAACGCUUUCCGUCUAGAAGUGAGGCUGAUGGAAAAGGGGCCGAGGCCACCACCCCUCACCACGUGAGAAUCCCAAGUAAAAUACAAGUAUGUGAGC